AUGCAGGCAUACCCUGCCCCUCUAGCCACCUUGCAGACUCCUGCCACUUCUAGUGUAGCCUUGCUGGGCUGGAAAGCCCAGAGGAAGCGUAAACACGCGAGUGUCCCUCUUCACACCAAGGAGACCCCCGGUUUGACCGACACGCCUCAGGCUGUCUAUGAUGGCGAGCAACAACUAUGCAACGGUGCCACUGGCUGGGCAAAAGCGACCAGAAAUUGGAAACAGACGAGGGGCCAAGAUAUGCUGUCUGAUUUGGAUAAAAGUGAGGAGGAGGGAUCAGACGUGCCAUACUCAGAUCCUUAUGAGGACGAAAUUUCUGAAGACGAGGACCUUGCAAUUUGCAAUUUGCAUCCACAACGGCCAAAGCUACCCAAACGUCUGCGCUGUCAGACGUAA